ACAUGGCGGAAAGUUUUGAAAAAACGUGUCCUUUACGAAUUGUAAUAUUGCCAAAUUGUGACAAAACUACCGACAUGCUAUACUGAGAGAGAAAUCCAAUCCAGAUUUCCUUUUUUCGAGAGAGCAAGAAAUUGCAAAUCUAUCAUAGGUAGAAGUUGUGGAGGUUUGAUGUGGAAAUCUCAACGCCGUGUUGUUGUUACCGGCCUUGGUCUUGUUACUCCUCUUGGGAUUGGCACAACCAGAGUCUGGGAAAACUUAUUGCAAGGAAAAUGUGGAAUAACACAAAUUUAUGAUGAAAAGUUCAAAGGAAUUCCAGCCAAAAUAGCUGCAUUUGUACCAAGGGGUACAAACCCAGGAGAAUUUGACAGGAAACAUUGGGAAACAAAACUUAAUGUGGACAGACGAAGUACCACAACAGAAGGCCUGUUUGCAUUAGUUGCUGCAUAUGAGGCUCUAGAAGAUUGUAAAUGGAAACCAGUUAUGCAAGAACAAAAAGAAAGAACAGGUGUGUCUAUUGGGAUGGCAAUGACAGGUCUGAAGGACAUACUGCAAGAGGGCGAUACACUCAACAAUCAGGGCUAUCGAAGAGUGAGUCCAUUUUUUGUUCCCAGAGUUCUUCAUAAUUUGCCAGCUGGACUUGUCAGUAUGACAUUUGGGCUUCAGGGCCCCAAUCAUGCAGUCUCCACUGCAUGUGCAGCCAGUGCGCAUGCUAUUGGUGAUGCUUUCAGAAUGAUUCGUCAUGGUGAUGCUGAUGUGAUGGUUGCUGGUGGCGUGGAAGCCUGCAUUCUCCCCUUAGCCAUGGCAGGCUUUUGCAAAAUGCGUGCCUUGACUACCAAAUUUAAUGAAAAACCUCAUGAGUCGUCAAGGCCAUUUGAUAGAGACAGGAGUGGCUUUGUGAUGGGGGAAGGUGCAGGGGUCAUGAUAUUGGAGCAAUAUGAACAUGCUGUCAGCCGUGGUGCUCCGCUGUACGCGGAACUUGUUGGUUACGGUCUUUCAGGGGAUGCCUAUCAUAUUACAGCCCCCUCAGAGGGAGGACAUGGGGCAUACUUGGCGAUGAAGAACGCUCUGAAAGAUGCUAAUCUCAACCCAGAGGAUGUGAAUUACAUUAAUGCCCAUGCUACUUCUACUCCACUUGGAGAUGCAGGAGAAAAUAAUGCCAUCAAGACGUUGCUUGGACACCACUCACGAAAUGUUCAAGUUUCUUCCACUAAAGGAGCUGUUGGCCAUCUUUUGGGAGCGGCUGGUGCAGUAGAGGCUAUAUUCACUGUGCUUGCUAUACACCAUGGCGCUGUACCUCCCACGUUAAACUUGCACAACGUUGACUCAGAUGAAUUUAACUUAAACUAUGUACCACUUAAGUCGCAGCUCCUAAACGAGGCUUCGGAACGACGGACACCGAGAACAGCGCUUAACAACUCAUUUGGCUUUGGUGGCACGAAUGCUUCCCUGUGUUUUGUCUGCUUAUGAGACUUCCAAAGUACUUCGGAUGUGGUCGAAAUACUUCGUGACUUCGACGAAGUUCUGCAGAAUUUCCGAAGGCCUCGUGGGUUAGUCUGGAGGGGUCCCUAAGGGGCUUCCAAAAUACUUCGGAUAUGGUCGAGAUUCUUCGUGACCUCGACGAAGUUCAGCAGGGGGCCUCGUGGGUCAGUCUGGAGGAGUUUCCGAAGAGCUUUCGGUCUAUCAUUAUCCAAUCACAAACAACUGUCGUUUCGGGACCGGGAUUGAUUUAAUUAUGGCCUCGGCUCACAAAUUUCACGCAAAUGGAAGAGAUAUGAACAACUUGCCAAAGAAGAGUUGAAACUGAAAUAUGUAAAAACAAGAAAAUACUGUGUUCAAGAGAAAUUGCAAGAAACUUUUAUUGUUUUAGUCAGUUGUAUUCCGUGAUUCAGAUGGCAGCAGGGUUACGUGCUGUCAUCAAUUGACACAAGCGAAUUAAAGUUCAUUAGUCAAAUGGUAUUAAA